AUGGAAGAAGAGGCAGCGGAUGGAUAUAUAAAGUCUCCUUUCUCAGAAGAGAUCGCCAUGGUAGAAGUGCCAAAGAGGUUUAGCACGCCCAACAUGACUAUGUACGACGGAACAGCAGACCCUGAUGAGCACGUGUCCCUCUACAAGCAGAAGAUUAUGACAAGCUCAAUCCCUAGAGAUAUCAGAGAGGCUAUCAUGUGCAAAGGCUUUGGAGCCACAUUGUCAGGUCCAGCCCUAACUUGGUUCAUUAAUUUAGAUAAUUGGACAAUUCGAUCUUUUGCAGGAAUGGUGAAUCUAUUCAAGAUUCAAUUUGCUAGUAGUAGAAAAAUCGAAAAGCAUUCCUCAGAUCUGUACCGUGUUGUGCAAAGACACAGAGAAUCCUUGAGAGACUAUCUUAACAGGUUCAACAGGGAGAAGAUUGGGAUACACAAAUGCGAUGUUCCUACAACAAUGGAAGCAUUCAGAAGAGGGUUGCUAGACCAUAGUGAGCUCUACAAAGAGUUGACCAAAUAUCCCUGCACGACCUUCGAGGACGUACAAGCCAAAGCUAUGGCUCACGUCAGGAGAGACCAUCGAUUCAAACUGUAUCAGCGCUCCCGCUUUGAUGAAGGAUCAAUCAAUGCUGUUAAAGAAGAAUUCUCAGACUGGAGGGAAGAUCCUGAACUCCCACCUAAAUUGUUUCAGUAUUGUGUUAAUGUUAACCCUGCAGGAGUAAUUAGGACCCUGAACAAGAUGGGAGACACCGUGCAGUGGCCUAGAAAGAGUGACAGACCUGGAGAAAAGAAAGAUCCGUCAAGAUGGUACGAUUUCCAUUCAGAUAUUGGCCAUACAACCGAUGAAUGUGUCGCGCUCUUCAAAGAGGUUGCUUACCAGCUGAAGAAAGGAUAUCUCAAAGAACUUCUGUCAGAUAGAUCCAAAGCUCCGGGGAAGGAAAGAGAAUCAAAGCAAGGAGGCCCCCCACCUCCUCAGCCAAUCGUCAAAACCAUUUGUUUCAUAUCAGGAGGGUCAGAAAUAUACGGCUUAACAUAUUAA